AUGGAAACUCUUGUAGUAGAGGAGGAGGAAGAAAUACCUUUUGGACCCGGCGACAGAGCAUUUAUGGACGAGGGAGGGGGCGACGACACUGGGGAGGGCGAUGUAGAUGUCGAUGCAGAUGCAGAUGCAGAUGCAGACGCAGACGCAGAUGCCGAAGAAGAUGGAGACGGAGAAGCCCCCCAACCAUCCUUAACAACCGAAUACACCCCUCGUGAACGAGGUGCUCCAACCAAACCUGUCGUCCCAAUUUAUCCUGGUAUCUUACAACCAAGUCAACAACUUGGCGGCGAACUUCAGGGGCAGGACAGAAGUCGUAUGGACGAGGGACCUGACCCUUCGACACUUCCACCAGCUAGUGCCCCGCCUUCACAUCCUGCCAUCAACCCUUCUUUGCCUGGAACACUUGAUGGACGCUCUAUCCUAGAAGUAGACCUCAACGCCAUGGCAGAGAAACCGUGGAGGCGGCCAGGGUCGGAUAUCAGUGACUGGUUUAACUAUGGGUUUGAUGAGAUUUCUUGGGAAGCAUAUUGUUAUAGAAGGCGUGACUUAGGGGAGCUAGCUAAUGUACUCAAGGCUAAUGUGCUUAACUUUGCGGGUAUGCCGGAGGACCAGCUCACAGCACUUCCACCAGAGCUGCGUACGAUGGUGAUGACUGGUGCUAACGCGAUGAUGUCCGGUGCUGGACCCAACCCAAACAUGAUGGGCCCCGCUGUUGGUAUGAAUCCGAUGAUGGAUAUGUCAGGGAUGGGUCCGAUGAACAUGGGUCCUAUGGGAAUGGGAAUGAACGGUGAUUUAGCAAUGCAGAUGCAGGCAGGUGGGCCGAUGAUGCAAGAGGCUCCUGGGCCAGGACCUGCAGGCCCUGUAGGGUCUAGCGGGACGCCAGAACAGGGCGUGCAGAUGGGUAUGCAGGAUGGGUUUGGUGGAGGAGGCCCCGGGCCAGGUAUGAUGGGAAUGGGGAUGGGAGGAGAUUACGGUAUGCAGCAGGAGCAAGCAACUAUGGGACAACAAAUGUACCCCGGUAUGGAGGGUAGUGGAACCCCUGUCCCUGUCCCUGGUCCUGGUCCUACUGCUGGUCCUAGUGGACGUGGUGCACCCACUGGCCCAUUCCGGGGACGUGCAAUGGGACAGAAUAUGCGUGGACGUGGUGGUUUUCCUGGACGAGGUAGAGGCCGGGGAAUGUAUGGAGGAGCCAAUGAAAGCAAACCAGGAGUGUCAGCGACGCCAGCUCCAGUCCGGCCUGCUUCGCCGCUUCCACCUAAUGUUCCAACAGGCCCGAGAAACCAAAAUAAGUACAAGGAUAGGGACGGGAAUGCGCCCGCUGUUGAUGGUCUGGACUAUGGAGGAAACGCGGGUGGUGGGGGUGGACGGACACCUUCGGGUGAGCCUGAGGAUCGAGGUCAAAGUCGGAAACGACGUAGCUCACCUGGCUUAGAUGAUGGCCGAGGUUUAAAAAGGCGGUGAUAUGCCCACUCACUCCCAUAUUCAUCUUACAGUACGCAAGCUACAUAUUAUAUUUCUUCGCGUGUACAAAUAUCUUGAAAUUCGCACUUGCGAUAUGUCUGCUAUUUGCAGUCAAUUGG